AUGGUGACGGAUUGCGGUCGUAUGAGCCCGCGGAAGCGUGGUCGGAAUGGGAUAUGGAUCCCCGCCGCAGGCUGCGCUGCACCCGGCCCGUCGCCUUCGGUAUUGCCCGCUGAGGCGCUUGACGAUCUCCAAGACGCUUACUCAGCCGACAUCACCCGCCAACCAGCCCAGCAAAGGGAGUUGAGUGGACUGCCCUCUGGUGCGGGAGUUGGGGGUGGGAGUGGUUCGGCGGCGGACCCGCUGCGGCCGACGCCCAUUGCGAGUUUUGGGUUUCAUAAGGAGCAGAUUACGAGCGUGGAGUGGCACCCGACGGAUGACAGUAUUGUGGCCGUGUCGGCGGGGGAUAAUACUGUUACGCUGUGGGAUUUGGUGGUCGAGUUGGAUGAUGAGGAGAGUAAGGACACGGCGGGCGUGCAGGACGUGCCGCUGCAGCUGCUGUUUGUGCAUUACCAGAACUUGGCCAAGGAGGUGCACUGGCACCCGCAGAUUCCGGGGGCGUUGGUUGCUAUAGGCGAGGAGUUUAUCAUCUUCCGGACUAUCAGCGUGUAA